CCUUGACAUAUGACCGUUAAUCACUCCUGUUGAUAAUAAUGCACAGAGACUUAAGUUUGAAGAAGAGCACUAUUUUUUUAAUUUUUCCUGGUGCGUGCUGUUUUUUUUUCCUUCGAUCUAAUUGAAAUUUCCGACAAAAUUUUCUCUUUUCACCGCACCACAAUCAUUGACAAUGCAUUCGUUAUCUUCCUAGAUAAAAGAGACAAAAAGACAUUGUGCUUAUAUCUAAUUAGUUGCAACAAGGACCCACAAAAGCACCAUUAAGGAGAACUUUUUGCCUUCUUUUUUGGCAUUCCAUCACUAGUCCUCCUAAAACCCAUUUUCUUCGUUCUGCAUAUUUUCUUUUGGACAAGAAGUUUGCUUUUUCCAGGAUGGUUUUGCAAGUUCUUUGCUUGGCUUUCCUUGUAUGCAACUCUCUCUCACUUGUCAGUUGUAUAAAUGAAGAAGGAUUAGCUCUACUUUCGUUCAAGGAAUCCUUAACAAAAAACGCCGAAAGCUCUCUGAGUACCUGGAACUCAUCAGACCAAACCCCAUGUUCAUGGGUUGGAGUUACAUGCAGAGAAGAAAAGGUUGUAUCUCUCAGCAUUCCAAACAUACAGCUUUCUGGGAUUUUCCCUCGUGCUCUUGGGAACCUCUCCGCCCUGCGCCAUCUGAAUCUUCGGGAGAACAAACUCUCCGGAAGCUUGCCGUCUGAGCUUUUCAAUGCAAAAGAGCUCCAGAGCUUGGUGCUGUCCGGAAAUUCAUUAUCUGGUUCUGUUCCAGCUGAGAUAGGGAAGCUCAGUUACCUGCAAACACUAGAUCUUUCGCAAAAUUCAUUCAAUGGUUCGAUACCUUCAUCUAUAGUUCAGUGCAAGAGACUAAAGAUCCUUGUCCUUGCUCAAAACCAUUUCUCUGGCUCCCUUCCACAAGGUAUGGGAAUCAGUUUUGUUCAUCUUCAAAAGCUCAAUAUUUCCUUCAAUAUUCUCAGCAGUUCGAUUCCUGAGGAAAUGAGCAACUUGUCAAGUUUGAGAUCAACCCUUGAUAUGUCUCAUAACUUGUUCAACGGUUCUAUUCCGCCAUCCCUAGGAAGCUUGCCUGAGACAGUAUACAUUGAUCUCAGUUACAACAAUCUCAGUGGACCGAUUCCACUGAAUGGUGCUCUGAUCAAUAUAGGACCAACGGCUUUCGUAGGCAAUCGUUUACUCUGUGGACUGCCGUUGAAGAUUUCAUGCUCUUCAAACAGUCAAAGCUUAAAUUCUCAAAAUUCAGGUGGCAGCUCUGGUACGAAUGGGAAACACAACAACUCAAGCAGAGGUAUUUUUGUGAUUACUGUUGCUGCAGGCGUCAUCGCUGGAAUUUUUAUUGCUGGGUUUUUGUUCUCCAACUGGUACAAGAAGGUUUGUACCUGCAAAAUACGUGAACGUUUUGCUGGCUGCAAAUUUGAACAAAAAUUAAAGGUCGGAAAUGACCUAUUCUGCUUCAAAAGACAUGGCAUGGAUACCGUACCAGAGAAUUUGGAGCAUUACCAUUUUGUGCAAGUGGAUCUGCAGGUGAAUUUAGAUCUUGACAAACUGCUGAAAUCAUCUGCUUUUCUUCUGGGUAAUAGUGGGAUCGGGAUUGUGUACAGAGUUGUUCUUGAAGACAGAAGAACUUUAGCAGUGAGAAGAUUGGGAGAUGGAGGUUCCCAAAGGUUCAAGGUAUUCCAAAAUCAAAUUGAAGCAAUAGGAAAGAUGAGGCAUCCAAAUAUUGUGAAUCUUUUAGCAUAUUGCUGGUCUGUUGAUGAGAAACUGCUUAUCUAUGAUUAUAUCCCAAAUGGUGACCUUGCUACUGCAAUACAUGGAAAACCUGGAGUGGUAUCCUUCACACCUCUUUCUUGGCCUGCACGUCUGAAAAUCAUGAAUGGCUUUGCAAAAGGAUUGGCUUAUAUUCAUGAAUUUAGUCCCAGAAGAUAUGUGCAUGGAAACUUGGGGCCUAGAAACAUACUGCUUGGACAAAACAUGGAACCCCAUAUCUCCGACUUUGGACUAGGCCGCCUUGCUAACUUAACUGAAGAGUCCUUGUCAUCAUCGUCAUUUCAACUGGAACAAAUAAUGGCUGAAACACCACCUCAGAAUUCUCCAUAUGUGCAAAGGACAUCGAGCUCACUAGUGGCACCCGGACCUUGCUAUAAAGCUCCUGAAGCAUCAAAAGUAACCAAGCCAUCACAGAAAUGGGAUGUUUACUCAUUUGGGGUAGUUAUACUGGAGAUGAUUUCUGCCAAGAUGCCAUUUAUGAGAAUUGGUUCUUUGGAAAUGGAUUUGAUACAACAGUUUCAGCUCCACGUUGAGGAAAGGAAGCCACUCUGCGAUCUGUUAGACCCGUUCCUAGCUCCUGAUGUAGACAUGAAAGAGGAGAUUGUUGCAGUGCUGAAAAUCGCUCUUGCUUGUGUUCAUAAAAGCCCUGAAAAGAGACCUUCUAUGAGGUUUGUGUGUGAUAAUUUGGCCAGGUUGGCCUAGUAUUGUGGACUAGUUCAAGGUUAGAAACAUAAUAUUUGUGGUUCUAUGGGUUAUUGUAUAUCAUAAUAUCAUAUAUUGCAUUUAUUCCCCAUCUUCAGAAGCAAGUCACAACGACUAACUUAUAUUGCAUCGAUUGUCAAAGACUAACAUAAGAACUUAGCAGACAUGCCUAACUUAUAUGUGAAUGCACACUCAAAGUAACUGGUAGGGCACAAAGAGAAGAACUAACCACGGUAAACGCCUUAAAGCAAAAACUGCAUUACUGUUUCGUUUUCCUCAAACAUACGUCCACCUGAAUGGAUGAUUUUUUCCCACUUUGCUUUGGUUUCCUAUAUAGAUUCUGGGUGUGAAUGCAUCUUAAAUCUUAGUGGCUAUCAACAUAUGAGAUUAAAGUGGCAAGACAGAGAACAAACCAGAAAACGGUUCAAAUGACAAGCAUCAAUUUGCAGCACCUCAAAUCAUAUAUAAGGAGGUAUACUAACGACAAUUGUAUAAUCAUUAGAACACUAUAUCUAGGGCCAGAUUCAGCAAACACUGAAUUACAA